CUCUCUUUUGUUGUAAAAUUAUUCCACUUGACCAAGACUUUGCUUCGUUUUACACUCAUUAAGCCUUUCCUUGUUAACAUGGGUCGAAUUAAGAAGACUCAGAAAGAGUAAAGCUCUGACGCGCAACUCGUUCUAUAACUCCACCUUCUGUCUCGGCGGCUCUUGUUUCAAGUACAACCGUUUCCAUUUCGUUAACAAGUGAAUCAAUGAACAGAGAGAGAGAGAUGGAGAUUAGAGAAGAUCACCAUGAAGAGGAUACAACCACAGCACUCUAUGAGGCAGCAGUUGCAGGCUCAGUAUCAUCUUUGAAAAGAUUGAUCCAGAAAGAUCCUCUCAUACUCAACAAAGUUUCACUCACUCAUUUCAGCGAAACUCCGCUCCACAUCUCAGCUCUGCUCGGCCACUUUGAUUUCACCAAAGCUGUUCUUACUCAUAACUCGAGACUUGCCACCGUGAGGGACUCCUUGAGACGGCCGCCGCUCCUCUUGGCAUCUUCCGAGGGCCAUAAGGAGACUGUCCAAGCUCUUCUGAAAGCCUACCCGGACGCUUGCUUGUUUCGGGAUCAAGACGGUAGAAUUCCUCUUCACUAUGCCGCUAUGAGAGGACACGUUGAGGUCUUAGCUGAACUGAUGCGCGCAAAGCCCGAAUCAGUCGCAUUAAGGGUUCUUGAUAGAGGAUACACAGUUUUCCACUUAUGUGUUACAUAUAACCAAUUAGAAUGCUUGAAGCUACUGGUGGAAGAGGUAGGAGACAAUAGAGACCUCCUCAAUGCUAGAGCUGGAUGUGAUGGUGGUAUGAUCAUCCUCGAAUUAGCUGUGAUGCUUAGGCAAAUUGAGACCAUAAAAUACUUGCUUUCGCUACCUGCUGUACGAGCAGAACUAAAUGCUGGACAUGGGAAGGCGUUAAACAUGCUAGAAAAUAGUCCAAGAGACUUCGUAAGCUUGGAAAUUCAACGAGUUUUGAUGGAUGCUGGUAUCACAACAAAUGGAAGGAAUGAAAAUGAGCCACAACUACCAAUGCCAAAAAACAAAUCAAAGAAAGAUAAAAAAAAGGGUCGGAAAAGUGCAAAAAAGUUGAAUGAGAAAAGCAGUAAGGGUGAGAAUUGGGUGGAAGAGAAACGCGGCAUGCUGAUGGUCGUGGCUACCAUGAUCUCAGCAAUGACAUUCCAAGCUACAAUUAAUCCACCAGGUGGGUUUUGGCAAGAAAUGAACACCAAUACGACUUUUAAUGGAGCAUCUGUUUGCAAUGUAACAAACCCUUGUGUUGCCGGAACUGCAGUAACAAGCUACAUGCAUCCGGAUUACUUCAACAACUUCCAGUUUUGCAAUACCGUCUGCUUCUUUUUUUCUUUGAGCAUCACUCUUUUGCUUAUAAGCGGAUUUCCUCUCCAUAAACGACUACUGAUCUGGCUCUUGUCAGUAGCGAUGUGUCUCACUCUCACAUUCUUGACGCUGGCCUUCACUCAAGGUACAAUGAUGGUACCAAAACAUGUUAAUAGUGAUGGUCUCACUAUCACUAACAUGAUAAAUAUUAGUUCUGUCUCAUUGUUUUGGGUACCACUGCUUGUACUGGUCAUUGUAUAUCACACUAUUCGACUUCUCGUUUGGCUCGUAAAGAAGUUGUGGCGCCUAAUCUACAAGAUGAUGAGCAGCAACAGUGCAAAUCCACAUCAGCCUCCCAUAAACUCUCAUGAGAUCAGUUCGUACGUAUAAGUGGACUGAGAUGAUCGAUACUCGAUCUGUUGGCAUGUUUGCUUGAUAAAACAAUCAAACUAUCAAGCUAGCUAGUCAUUGGC